AUGGCUUCUGUCAAAGGAGUGAUCAAGCCAGCAUGCAUCCCAGUUCGGGGUGGCUCAGACCGUUUGGUUUCCCUCGAACUCGCAGAUGGCACUGUUUACCAAGGUUACAACUUUGGUGCUGAGAAGAGCGUCUCGGGUGAAUUGGUCUUCCAGACUGGUAUGGUCGGUUAUCCCGAGUCCAUCACCGACCCUUCAUACCGCGGCCAGAUCCUGGUUGUUACUUUCCCACUCGUGGGUAACUACGGUGUUCCUUCACAUGAUGAGAUGUGUGAGCUUCUGAAGGACUUGCCCAAGCACUUCGAGUCCAGCCAGAUUCACAUUGCAGCCCUGGUGGUGGCAUCCUAUGCCGGCGAGGACUUCUCGCACUUCUUGGCCAAGUCCUCUCUGGGCGAUUGGCUCAAGUCCGAAGGCAUUCCGGCCAUGCACGGUGUCGACACUCGUGCUUUGACCAAGCACCUUCGUCAGACCGGUAGUAUGCUGGGCCGCAUGCUGCUCCAAAAGUCCGGCGCCAGCCCCGAGGUUGCUGGUACCACCGGUGCCGAUUGGAAGUCAUACUUCGAGGAGACUGAAUGGGUGGACCCAAACACAAAGAACCUCGUCGCUGAGGUCUCAAUUCGCGAACCCCGUCUAUUCACACCUCCCGCCGAUGUCGCCCUGAAACACCCUUCGGGUCGUGGAGUCCGCGUCCUGUGCUUGGAUGUUGGUAUGAAGUACAACCAGCUGCGUUGCUUGCUUGCCCGCGGUGUGGAGGUUUUGGUUGUGCCAUGGGACUACGAUUUCCCCACCCUUGCUGGAAAGGAUUUCGACGGUCUGUUCGUGUCGAACGGUCCUGGUGAUCCCGCGACACUGACCGUUACCACGAAGAACCUGGCCAAGAUGUUCGAAGAUGCCCGUACUCCCGUCUUUGGUAUCUGUCUCGGUCACCAGUUGAUUGCUCGCGCUGUCGGCGCCCAGACUACCAAGAUGAAGUUCGGUAACCGCGGUCACAACAUCCCCUGCACAAGCAUGCUCUCUGGCAAGUGCCACAUCACUUCUCAGAACCACGGUUAUGCUGUCGAUUCCAGCAGCCUCCAGAACGGAUGGGAGGAGCUGUUCGUCAACGCCAAUGACGGCAGUAACGAGGGUAUCCGUCACACCAGCCGCCCCUUCUUCAGUGUUCAAUUCCACCCCGAGAGCACACCCGGCCCCCGCGAUACCGAGUAUCUGUUUGAUGUGUUCAUCAACACCAUCCAGUCUACCAUUGCCUCCCCCGAGGCUCUUAACCUGCCCGUCUCUUUCCCCGGUGGCACCAAGGCGGAGAAUGUCUUGGCUGCCCCCAAGGUCUCGGUCAAGAAGGUUCUGGUUCUCGGUUCCGGUGGUCUUAGCAUUGGUCAGGCUGGAGAGUUCGAUUACUCUGGUAGUCAAGCCAUCAAGGCUUUGAAGGAAGAGGGUAUCUAUACCAUUCUCAUCAACCCCAACAUUGCCACCAUUCAGACCUCCAAGGGUCUGGCUGACAAGGUUUACUUCCUGCCCGUCAACGCCGAUUUCGUCCGCAAGGUCAUCAAGCACGAGCGUCCCGAUGCCAUCUACGUCACUUUCGGUGGCCAGACUGCCCUUUCGGUCGGUAUCCAGCUCAAGGAUGAGUUCGAGGCGCUCGGCGUCAAGGUUCUCGGUACCCCUAUUGAUACUAUCAUUACCACCGAGGAUCGUGAGCUGUUCGCUCGCAGCAUGGAUUCCAUCAACGAGAAGUGCGCUAAGUCUGCUUCUGCUUCCACUAUCGAGGAGUCCCUGCGCGUUGUCGAGGACAUCGGUUUCCCUGUCAUUGUUCGUGCCGCCUACGCUCUUGGUGGUCUAGGUAGUGGCUUCGCAGAGAACAUGGAUCAGCUGAAGGAUCUCUGCACCAAGGCUCUGGCCGUCAGCCCCCAGGUUCUGAUUGAACGCAGUAUGAAGGGCUGGAAGGAGAUUGAGUACGAGGUUGUUCGUGAUGCCCAGGACAACUGUAUCACUGUCUGCAACAUGGAGAACUUCGAUCCCCUUGGUAUUCACACCGGUGACUCCAUUGUCGUUGCUCCUUCCCAGACCCUCUCCGACGAGGACUACAAUAUGCUACGAACCACCGCAGUCAACGUCAUUCGUCACCUCGGCGUUGUCGGUGAAUGUAACAUUCAAUAUGCCCUUAACCCCUUCUCGAAGGAGUACUGCAUUAUUGAAGUCAACGCUCGUCUGUCUCGAUCCUCCGCCCUAGCUUCUAAGGCUACCGGAUACCCUCUUGCCUUCAUCGCUGCCAAGUUGGGUCUUGGUAUCCCCCUGAACGAGAUUAAGAACUCGGUCACCCAGUCCACUUGCGCCUGCUUCGAACCCUCGCUUGACUACUGCGUGGUCAAGAUCCCUCGUUGGGAUCUGAAGAAGUUCACUCGCGUCUCUACUCAGCUUGGUUCUUCCAUGAAGAGUGUCGGUGAAGUUAUGAGCAUUGGCCGCACCUUCGAGGAAGCUAUUCAGAAGGCCAUUCGCAUGGUUGAUUUCCACAACCUUGGUUUCAACGAGUCCGAUGCUCUCAUGUCCAUCAAGGGCGAGCUCCAGACUCCCUCUGACCAGCGUCUGUUUGCCAUUGCCAACGCCAUGGCCGCCGGUUACACCGUUGAUGAUAUCUGGAAGCUCACCAGCAUUGACAAGUGGUUCCUCACCCGUCUUAAGGGCCUCAGCGACUUCGGCAAGUCCAUCUCCGCCUUCAAUGCCACCUCCGUGCCUAUGCCUAUGAUCCGCCAAGCCAAGCAGCUCGGUUUCUGCGAUCGCCAGCUCGCCAACUUCCUGGACUCUAACGAGCUCGCUGUGCGCCGCAUGCGUGUUGAGGCUGGUAUCACCCCUAUUGUCAAGCAGAUUGAUACCGUCGCCGCCGAGUUCCCAGCCUUCACCAAUUACCUCUACCUUACCUACAAUGCCUCCCAGCAUGAUCUGUCUUUCGACGAUCACGGUAUUAUGGUUCUGGGCUCUGGUGUCUACCGUAUCGGUUCCUCGGUCGAAUUCGAUUGGUGUUCCGUGCGUACCAUUCGCACGCUCCGCGAGCAAGGCAAUAAGACUAUCAUGGUCAACUACAACCCGGAGACUGUUAGUACCGAUUACGAUGAGGCUGACCGUCUCUACUUCGAGAACAUCAACCUGGAGACUGUUCUGGACAUCUACCAGCUGGAGACCUCCAGCGGUGUGAUCAUGUCUAUGGGUGGUCAGACCCCUAACAACAUCGCUCUACCCCUUCACCGUCUCAAUGUUAACAUUUUGGGUACCUCUCCCGAGAUGAUUGACGGUGCCGAGAACCGUUACAAGUUCUCCCGCAUGUUGGAUCGUAUCGAGGUUGAUCAGCCCGCCUGGAAGGAACUGACUAGCAUUGACGAGGCCCGCGAUUUCUGUGAGAAGGUCGGCUACCCCGUGCUGGUCCGUCCCUCAUACGUGCUCUCUGGUGCUGCUAUGAACACUGUCUACUCCGAGCACGAUCUGGCCAGCUACCUGAACCAGGCUGUCGAUGUCUCUCGUGAGCACCCUGUUGUUAUCACCAAGUACAUUGAAAAUGCCAAGGAAAUCGAGAUGGACGCUGUCGCCCGCAACGGUGUUAUGGUUGGCCACUUCAUCUCUGAGCACGUUGAAAACGCCGGUGUUCACUCUGGUGACGCUACUCUGAUCUUGCCCCCCCAGGAUCUGAGCCCGGAGACCGUCCGUCGCAUUGAAGAGGCUACCCGGAAGAUUGGUAAUGCCCUGAACGUUACUGGUCCUUACAACAUUCAGUUCAUUGCCAAGGAUAACGACAUCAAGGUCAUUGAGUGCAACGUUCGUGCCUCGCGGUCCUUCCCCUUCGUGUCCAAGGUCAUGGGUGUCGACCUGAUCGAGAUGGCCACCAAGGCCAUGAUCGGAAUUCCAUUCCAGGAGUACCCCCCCGUAUCGGUCCCCAAGGACUACGUCGGUGUCAAGGUUCCCCAGUUCUCGUUCUCGCGUUUGUCCGGUGCUGACCCCGUCCUCGGCGUCGAAAUGGCCUCUACUGGUGAGGUCGCCUCGUUCGGCCGUGACAAGUACGAGGCCUACCUGAAGGCUCUCUUGUCCACUGGGUUCCGUCUUCCUCGCCGCAACAUCCUGUUCUCGAUUGGUUCCUACAAGGAGAAGCUUGAGAUGCUGCCCUCUAUCAAGAAGCUCCACGACCUCGAUUACAACCUCUUCGCCACUGCUGGUACCGCUGAUUUCCUCAAGGAGAACGGCGUGCCUGUCAAGUACCUUGAGCAUCUUCCGGACCACGAGGAGGAGGACAUGAAGUCUGAGUACUCUCUUACUCAGCACUUGUCCAACAACCUCAUCGAUCUGUACAUCAACUUGCCGUCCAACAACCGCUUCCGUCGCCCGGCCAACUACAUGUCCAAGGGUUACCGUACUCGUCGUAUGGCUGUUGACUAUCAGACUCCCCUGGUCACUAACGUCAAGAAUGCCAAGAUCCUGAUCGAGGCUAUUGCUCGCCACUUCCCUCUGAACAUCAUUCCUUCGGACUACCAGACCAGCCACCGCACCGUGGUCCUUCCCGGUCUGGUCAACAUUGCUGCAUUCGUCCCGAAUCUCGUUUCCGCUGGUUCUAGCGAUUUCGAAACUGUUUCUAAGGCUUCGAUUGGAGCUGGUUUCAGCAUGAUCCGUGUGAUGCCGGUCGGUGUUGACAGCUCGGUCACCGAGUCCCGGGACCUGAAGAUUGUUCAGCAGAACGCUCACGGCAAGUCGCUGUGCGACUUCAACAUCUCUGUUGCUGCCACCGCCACCAACUCGGAUCAGAUCAUUCAGAUGGCUGGUGAGGUUGGAUCUCUCUUCGUCCCCUUCAAUCACCUGUCGGGCAACAUCAACAAGGUGGCCACUGUCACCAACCACUUCAGCUCUUGGCCCUCGAGCAAGCCUCUGAUCACUGAUGCCAAGAGCACCGAUCUUGCCUCGAUCCUGUUGUUGGCCAGCCUUCACAGCCGUAACAUUCACGUCAUGAGUGUUACCUCCAAGGAGGAUAUCAGCCUUAUCGCUCUGAGCAAGGAGAAGGGCCUGAAGGUGACCUGCGAUGUUUCGAUUUACUCCCUCUUCCUCUCGCGCGAGGAAUUCCCGGCUUGCAGCUCCCUGCCCACCGCCGAGGACCAGAAGGCUCUGUGGGAACACCUGAGCACCAUCGAUGUCUUCUCCAUUGGCAGCAUUCCCUUCCAGGUUGCUGGCAAGGAGGCCACCCCCGAGUCCGGUAUCGCUGAGUCUAUUCCUCUGCUGUUCACUGCUGUCUCGGAAGGUCGCCUGACCAUUGAGGAUAUCACCGCUCGUCUCUGCGACAACCCCAAGAAGAUCUUCGAGCUGCACGACCAGGUCGACAGCUCGCUCGAGAUUGAGAUCGACCGCCCCUACGUUUUCCAGAACUCCCAGGCCUGGUCUCCGUUCAACGGCAAGACCAUGCGCGGCUCCGUCCAGCGUGUCGUUUUCCAGGGCAAGACCGCCUGUCUCGAUGGUGAGAUUACCAAGGAUGCCGUCAAGGGUGCCGACAUGUCCAGUCACCGAAUCGUCCCCACCUCGCCCGUGCAGAAGCCCAUGACCCCCAUGGCCCGCCCGGAGAGUUCCCUCUCUAGACAUGUUUCUAUGUCUGGCACUCCUGGUCGCCGCUUCCGUGCCCUGGACAACGCUGUUCCUGCCAUUGGCGAACUUGGUCCUCCCCUUUACGCCCCCUCCUCGCAGCUCUCCCCGUCGCUGGCCGAUAUGCUCUCCCGCUCUCCUUUCCGUGGAAAGCACAUAUUGUCUGUGAACCAGUUCUCCCGCGCGGACUUGCACCUGCUCUUCACUGUCGCCCAGGAGAUGCGUCUUGGUGUCCAGCGCCACGGUGUCCUUGACCUCCUGAAGGGUCGUGUUCUGACCACCCUCUUCUACGAGCCCUCCACCCGCACCUCGGCUUCGUUCGACGCCGCCAUGCAGCGUCUUGGUGGACGUACCAUCGCUGUCGCCACUGAGCACUCUUCUACCCAGAAGGGUGAGUCUCUUCAGGACACCAUCCGCACCCUCGGAUGCUACAGCGAUGCUGUUGUCCUGCGUCAUCCCGAAGCGAGCAGCACCGAGGUUGCCGCCAAGUACUCCCAGGUUCCCGUCAUCAACGGUGGCAACGGCGCCCUUGAGCACCCCACCCAGGCCUUCUUGGACUUGUUCACCAUCCGCGAGGAGCUGGGCACUGUCACCGGCUUGACCAUCACCUUCACUGGUGAUCUCAAGUACGGCCGCCCCGUGCACUCUCUCAUCAAGCUGCUCCAGUUCUACGAUGUCCGCAUCCAGCUUGUCGCCCCCAAGGCCCUCGCCCUUCCCGAGGAUGUCCGCCAGCUGAUUGUUGCUUCCGGCCAGCUGGUCCUUGAGUCUGAGGAGCUCACUCCUGAGAUUGUCGCCAGCUCUGACAUCCUGUACUGCACCCGUGUGCAGAAGGAGCGCUUUGCCGACCUCUCCGAGUACGAGCGUCUCAAGAACACCUUUGUCAUUGACAACGCCUUGCUCAGGCACGCCAAGGAACACAUGGUUGUCAUGCACCCCCUCCCUCGCAACGCCGAGAUCUCUGAGGAAGUUGACUUCGACCAGCGGGCUGCUUACUUCCGCCAGAUGCGCUACGGCCUUUACUGCCGCAUGGCUCUCCUUGCCCUUGUCUUGGCGCCAUGA